AUAACCGGCUCACGAGAAGGUUUUCGCUCCGAGAACUUAGGAAGGGAAAACUUGAGCUGCCAGGGUUACGCGUUUUCACUCGCAAUCAUGGCGGCGGCGUCAGAACCGCCGGUCGGAGGGGGAAGCACCUCUGCUGAUUUCCUCUCAGGCCAAAGAAGACCGCCAUAGUCCUCGUCCCCCAACCCGAAGGGUGACAGGGAAGCACAACAAACAAAGAAAAAAGCUAAGCCGACCAUGGUUGAUGGUAUCUCCGUUGAGAGCCCUAACGACAUAAACAUGGAAUCUGCCGCCAAAGAUCCAAGGUCGCCUCUGACUCAGAGCCCCAAAGCCUCGGCAUGGAGCCAUGGAACGGGAGCAGCGCACCGUUUGUUUGGCGAUUCCGCGAAGACUGACGAGUGGUAUGUUGCUGACUCGAUUCGGAGGAUGUAGCAACCGCCAUGAGAGAGGAUGGCCGUGAAGCUGAACAAGAUGAAGAUGACGACCCGUUGUGCCCGCCGAUUCCGUUCUCCGCAGCGGAAGAGCGACAAUACUGUCGCCCGUGGAGAUCGGCUCUUGUAGUUAAGGUAUUGGGACGGUCAACGUCAUAUACCGCCAUCUCCAAACGUUUGAACUCGAUCUGGGCGAAGGCUGGUGGUAUUCAGGUGACGUCAGCGAAGAAGGGCUACUUUCUAGUACGGUUCACAAGUGGUAUCGACUACGAACGUGCACUAACAUGGGUUCCUUGGAUGAUGGGAGAGAAUUACUUGACGGUACAUAUGUGGGAUAGACACUUCAACCCAUAUGAACACGAAAUCUCAUCGACUCUUGUUUGGGCACGCCUUCUAGAGAUUCCGAUACACUUUUUUCAUCCUGAGGCUGUUAUGAAAAUUGGACGUCGAAUCGGGAAGCCGAUCAGGGUUUACCAGGCAACCCGUACAGGUGCUCGAAGUGAUUAUGCUAGGGUGUGUGUUCAGGUAGACCUCACCAAGCCGCUCCUGUCGCAAUUUCGGAUUCAUGGAAAAAAGUAUUUCAUACAAUAUGAGGGACUCGUGCGGAUCUGCCUACAGUGUGGAAAAUAUGUAACCUAUAGCUCUUGCCAGUGUUCUAAGAUACUUGAACCCAUGGAGGAUGAGACGGUCGUCGCUCCCAAAGAAACAGAAGCACCGCAACCGGAGAAAAUUUACGGUGAGUGGAUGAUCGCAAAGCGCAAACCACGUAAUGGAAAACCUAGCGCACACAAUCCAUCACGUGCUGCUCUAUCACCUCCUGCGAAACAAGUAGCUCCGGUUGAGCAUAAUACCUCGGGAUCAUGAUUCCAAGCACUCCAUACCGAGAAUGACGAAGGGACAAUGAAUGAGGAUCAAGAGGAGUCUCCACAAGCUGUGAUUCAAGAAAACCAGACUCCCGUCCAGAGCCGGGGGAAGGGGAUACCUAAGCAAGGACACGAUGGGCCGGCAAAAGACACAAGUCGGACUCCAACAGAGGUGCAAGAAACUUUGAAGCAGGCCGUGGAAGAUCAAGCUCGCCAAAACCCCCAGAUAACGCACAACUCAAUUGAUAGAGCGGCUCUGGGAAAUCAUAAAAAGAGAAACCAAAACACCCCCCUACGGAAGACUACGGAGAUGACUACCACCAUGCACAUGCAGGUCACACCGCCAACUUCAAAUUCGGUUGACCCCCUGCAUGGCAAGCCGAAUAGCAUGCAGUCAGAGCACGUCCUGGGGAGGCCUCCAGAUGACUCGCCAAGUUCCCCAAGCCCAUUGGGGGGUGGAGUGAGUUCAACUGAGGAACAAAUGUGUGAUGUUGACGGAGCUACUCCGUCUGGAAUUAAUUCACGGAGUUGCUCUUUACCCUAUCUUUUUUAUGGAUUUUAAGAUCUUUUCUUGGAACUGUAGGGGUGCGGGUAGCCUGAUGACUCGAUAUUUGCACAUGUUUGCCCCUUUGUUUCUUGAUCGUUUAAGCUUGCAUUAUCGCUUCUUUAGCCUAUUUUAUGCUAGGUUGUGUUCCUUUGUCACAUUUCAGGCCCUAGCAAAUAAAGUGAAGCAUAGGCGCAAGUUUCAAGUCAAUUAGAGAUCAAUUGGCGAUUAGGGAGAAGAAACACGAGCAUGACCUGAAGAAGAAUGGAUUUCUACCUCACUUUAUGGACAAAGAAUCAUGGAAGUUUGUUAUGAAAAGAAAGAGGACGAGACUACGAGCGUCUGGGUUCAAACGGCGACUGAUUCGGAGUCCGGACGAGGGAGAAACGAAGCUUUGAACAGUGGUGGAGGAAGAAUUACGGUCAGGAGAAUUACGACCGUAAUUUCCCCUCCCAUGCCCGUAAUUUCAUUGCCGAGAGGAGCUUUGGGUGCGCUGAAACUUAACCAAAACGCGUGUUUUGAGCAAAAUACGGGCAUGGAAGAAUUACGACCGUAAUUCAGCCCGUAAUUCGCCCAGAAUCGGGUUUUUGAGGCCAAUUUCGAGCCAAGGGAGAGGGAGAGCUGGGUUUUUGGGUUCCCAAACACCCAAGGGACGAACCCUAGAGAGAGAGAGCGACUUGGGAACAUUCUUGGAGCUAUUUUGGAGGAUUUCUUCGCCAUUGGAGCUCGGGAAUCAAGCUUGGAGAUGGAGAUUGAAGAUCUAGAUCAAAUUUCUGCAGUCUCUCUCUUCUCUAUGGAGUAACUUCCCUUCACUUAGGUUUUGAGGAACCUUAGUUCCAUGAGUUAGGAUCUUUCUUGUAUGAAGUUUUGGAUGCUAUAUUGUUUGAUUAUAAUCGAAUGAUGCAUGUUUAUUGAGUCAAUUGAAGUCUGAUCAACUUUUCAUGAUUUCUCCUGCAACCUGAGAUAGAUAGAAUCUGAGUAGGUUGUUAGAGCCUCAUCAUUCGGUAGUAGGAGAUUGGCUAUACGAGAGUUAGCCAGUUUACUGCUUUGUACUGGAAUCCAAUUCCAGUAGUGGAGUUCUGUUCUUACUGCUUCAGCUUUCUAUCCCGGUGAAGACUAGUCGUCUGCCGGAUAGUUAGACUGAGAGGGCUUGGUCAGCUUAAGAGAUUCCAAGCUACUGUCGGAUCUUCCGCAGUUUAAUCAACAGUAAAUCAACCAAAAGGAAUUACAACUUGGACCUAAUUGAGGAGCUAGGGGGAAUCAUACCUAAGUGAGUUCCCAAACUGUAAUUAGUAGUUUUACUUAGUUUAGUUAGUAGAGUAGUUUAGUUAAUCAAUCCUUAAUCUAGUUUGCUAGAUAAUGAACUGAAGCUGAGUAA